UCUAUACCUACGUUAAACAAAGCAUUCAGAAGUGACUCAGUUGUCGUGCUGUGAACUACCUACUCAAUAAGACUGAAAAUUUUUUCAAAAAAAUGGUAUCGUAUUCGUCGAAUACGUCGUUCGAAUAUGGUAGAAAAUUGGCCACGUGCAAAGAUGAAGAUCGAGUGGUUAUUUCAGGAAUAUCUGGGACAUAUCCGAGUUGCGAAAACAUUGCGGAACUGGCAGAAGCUUUGUUCGAAAAAAGGGAUUUAAUAACAGAUAUGCCAGAAAAAAAAUUUAGCGUGGGAAAGAUAAAAAAUGUGGAAAAAUUUGACGCUCAGUUCUUUGGUAUUACUCAAGAACAUGCCGAAUAUAUGGAUCCAAUGUGCAGAAUAUUAUUGGAAAAAGCAUACGAAGCCAUAACAGAUUCAGGCUACAAUAUAAAUCAUUUUAGACAAAAAACAGUAGCUGUAUAUGUGGCCAGCUGUUUUAGCGAUGCUGAAGUGGAAAGCACUUACAGAACAGAUAUAAAAGGAGCUUUAAUAUGUGAAAGAGCUCAGUCAUUUUUAGCCAACAGGAUUUCCUAUUGGUUGGGGAUAAAUGGUCCAAGCUGUAUAGUCAAUACAGCGUGUUCUUCCAGCUUAUACGCUUUUGAACUUGCUUAUAAAGCUAUUCGUAAUGGAGAAUGUGAAGCUGCUUUGGUAGGAGGUUCGAAUUUAUGUCUAGCUCCUGGAAUGGUCAACCUAUACUCUAAUCUUGGAAUCACCAGUCCUAGAUGCAGAUCUUUUGAUAAUGCUGCCAAUGGAUUCUGCCGAUCUGAAGCCAUCAGUAUUGUAUUACUACAGAAAGUCAAACAUGCCAGAAGAGUGUAUGCGCAAGUUAUGCACAUCAAAACUAACAAUGACGGGUACAAGAAGCAAACUAUUUUAUUCCCAUCGUCCACAAUGCAGAAAAAACUUAUCAAUGAGGUUUACGAAGAAUGCGAUAUUCCAAAGUCUGAAUUAUCGUGGGUCGAAGCUCAUGGAACAGGGACUAGAAUCGGAGAUUAUCAAGAAAUGGUAUCACUGGAGACUUUAUGCCAAGGUCGAGAUAGCACUUUGCUAUGUGGAUGUGUUAAAUCUAGCAUUGGUCAUACUGAAUCCACCUCAGGAUUAUGUUCCAUUGCAAAAGUCAUCAUAUCCAUGGAAACUGGAGUUAUACCACCCAAUAUUAAUUUCCAAGAGCCUCAGAAAGGUAUUGCUGCUCUUCUUGAGAAUAGGAUUAAAGUCAUCACUGAGAAAACUCCUUGGAAUGGAGGUUAUGUGGCCAUUAAUAAUUUUGGAAUAGGAGGAUCCAAUGCUCAUCUUUUAUUAAAAUCUAAUUCAAAGGAACCAAAUACAUCAUCUUCAUCAGAUUCAUUAUACUUGGUUAACAUAUCUGGGAGAACAGCAGACUCUGUGAAGUACAUCAUUGAUUAUCUCAAUUCCAUUCCUCCAAAUCCUGAGCUUGUCAAUCUUCUGCAUAGAGUCCACAGUGAAGAAACUCCUCUGCACCUUUAUCGAGGGUUUACUGUACUUGGAAAAAGUCUAACAACUCGUAUAGAGCAUCUUCAGAAAGUCAAACCUGAUAAAAGGCCAAUUUGGUUCAUCUAUCCUGGAAUGGGGUCACAAUGGAUUGGAAUGGCCAAAGAUUUGAUGAAGCUGGAUCUGUUUAGAAAAUCCAUUCUAGAAUGUCAUAAAAUCUUAGUUCCAAAGAACAUUAAUUUGAUAGAGAUUUUAACCAGCAGCAACAAAAUCAUUCUUCAGAACAUACUUUACUGCUUUGUUGGUAUCACAGCUAUGAUGAUCUCCUUGACUGAUCUCUUGGAAUCUAUUGGAAUCACUUUCAAUGGAGUUAUUGGACACUCUUUUGGAGAAAUUGGAUGUGCAUAUGCUGACAAGUGUUUAACCAAGAAACAGACUCUAAAGGCAGCUUAUUACAGGGGCAUCACAAGUUUAGAAAUGAAGACAAUCAAUGGCUCAAUGGCUGCUAUUGGUUUAAGUGGUCAGGAUAUGAAACUCAGAUGUCCAUCAUCAAUCGAGGUAGUUUGCAGAAAUGGUGCCAAAAGUUGCACGAUUGCUGGUCCAGCAGAUUCCAUGAAAGAACUCAUCAAGGAUUUGAAAACAGAAGGAAUAUUUGUCGCUGACAUUUAUUCAGCUAAUAUAGCUUUCCACAGCAGAUAUAUCAGCAUAGGAGGUCCAAUAUAUAGUAAAUAUCUACAAAAGGUAAUCAAAACUCCCAGAGAAAGAUCUCCUAGAUGGAUCUCAUCAUCGGUUGAUGGAGACAAAAGUAUCUCAAUAGGUAAAUUCUGUUCGGCUGAAUACUUUGUGAAUAACUUCCUGUGUCCUGUCAACUUUGAAAAUGCUCUGAAGAAAAUCCCAAAUGGUGCGGUGACUAUAGAAAUAUCGCCUCAUUCCAUACUAAAGCAUGUGCUCACUGAAACUUUGGAUAAAAGCAUUAUAAACAUAUCAUUACUGAACAAAACUCAUCCAAACACCUUGCAAUUUUUCCUGGGAUCUUUGGGCAUACUGUACGAGCAAAAUAUUGAUAUGGAUCUGACACCAUUGUACCCAGCCGUGGAAUAUCCUGUCAGCAGAGGCACUCCUAUGAUUGCUCCUCUAAUAAAGUGGUUCCAUGAUGAAGACUGGCAUGUGCCAUUUCAGAAUAUAGAUUUUGAAAAUAAAACAUCAUCCCAUGGUAAAUCUUUCAAGAUUGAUUAUAGCAACGAUAAAUUUCUAUUUUUGCAAAACUGUGUUGUAAAUGGAGUCAACAUGUUUCCUGAAUCUGGGUAUUUGAAUAUUGUUUGGGAGACUUUCACGGAGCAGAGAACACAUGGACACUGCAAAUCUGUGAUUUUUAGCGAUAUAAAGUUUCAUAAAGUUGUGACAAUUCCAUCAAAAGGAUCAUUGAAUUUUAAUGUGAUCAUAACUCAUGACCAUGGUUAUUUUGAGGUUUUACUCCAUGAAGAAGUUGUUUGUGAUGGAUACAUUGAUACUCUACCAGAAGAAUCUGCACAGGGGAUCAUGGAGGAAUCAGACCAAGACAUGAUGUUCAUAUUGCAAAGUGCUGACAUUUAUAAAGAAUUCAGAAUCAAAGGAUAUGCCUAUGUAGAUAAUUUCCAAACAAUUUUACACAGUAAUUUGGAAGGAACCACUGGUCAGAUUAAAUGGACCAAAGAUUGGAUUCUGUACUUGGACUCUCUGUUUCAAUUUUUCUAUUUUUCCAACAUAAAAAAUUCUUGCAUUGAAUUGGUCAAAAAAAUAGAUGUGAUCAAAAUUGAUAUCUCAAAGCAAUUCGAAUACUCCAAAAAAUUUGAAGAUGCAAUCACUGUUUCCUUGGAUAAAAAUAAUAUUUAUUCAGGCGGAGUUUCUAUAAAAGGAAUGAACACUCAGGAAAUAAAUCGAGAGGUAUGCAAAGAUCCUGUGCUACAGAAAUUCCAAUUUGUCCCUUACUUCAGUGAAAAAAUUUUACGAAUGAAAGACAUUAUCACAGUGCUAGCAACAAUCAUCCUUGAGAAUACACUGCUUUUGAAAAUAAAAGCUUUCGAGAUCAUUGAUCCUAACUCCGAAGUACCAAUUAUAUCGAGAGAGUUGGAUGAGUUUUUCAAAAAUAUAUCAUUUUUUGAGAUUGAAAUCACUAUUAACGAAUUUGAAUCUCUCGAGUCAUAUAAACUUCCACCUCAUUUCAAAGCGGAAAAAAUUGCAGACCUUCAAAAAGAAUCAGUUGAUCUCUUCAUCAUACCAAAUUUAAUGCAAAAUAUUCAGGAGCAUAUUCAAAUCAUUUCCCACUCAAACUCUGGUACUUUUAUAAUAUCUCGUGAAAAGAAAAGUUCAUUCAAGACCAUCCCAGGUUUAGAAAUGGCAGCUUCAUACUCUAUUCAAAAUGAAAAAAUUGUAUUAUGGCACAAAGUAUCCAAUUACACAACUCCUCUCAUUUUACAAAUAGAAGAAGACUCCUUCACAUGGGUUGAAAAAUUGCAAAAAAUAUUGAAACAAAACGUGGACAAAAAAAUCAUUAUUUACUCAGAAUAUAAUUUAUUUUCGGGCAUCGUAGGAUUUUUCAAAUGUAUCAGAAGGGAACCUUGUGGACGUAAUUUGAGAUGCUUUUUAAUAUUGGACGAUUUCGUACCUUCAUUCUGUAUCAAAGAUGGAUUUUAUAAAAAUCAAAUUCAAGCCGAUUUAGCGAUAAAUGUGUAUAAGGAUGGUAGCUGGGGAUCUUACAUACCCUUGGAAAUGGACCCUCUGCCCAGAAUAUCAACACCACAUGUUAAUUUGGACAUUUCUUAUCAAAAUGACGAUCCAGUACUGAACUGGGGUAUAGGAGAAUUACACACUGAUCCUCAUCAAAACAAAAAUACUCAUGAUCAUUACAUAAGAGUUCAUUAUGCAACUUUUCCAGAAAAUAAUGAUAAUCAUGAAUCAUCUGCGAAUAAAUCCUAUGGGAUUUACGAAUUUUCUGGUACAACUACUCAAGGAAACGUGGCCGGAAUAUCAUUUAGGAAUCGAAUAUCCAAUUUUAUUCCAGAGGACGAAUGUAUAUAUUGGACUAUUCCACCAGAAUAUUCAUUAAAAGAGGGGUUAACAUUACCUAUAGCUUAUCUAACGGUUUCGAUGAUUCUCACCGAAAUAGGCAAAGUGGAAUUGAAAACAAUGUUAAUACAGAAUGCAAUGACACAAGCAGGCCAGGCUGCGAUAAAUUUAUUUUUAAAAUAUGAGUACGUUGUAAUGACCAUUGAAAAAAAUUCCAGUCAAAAAGAGGAAGUGGAACGAAAAUUUCCCGAAGUUCGAAGUUUUUAUGAAGGAUCCUUCUUGAAUGAUGAAGAAAAAAUAAAUAUUCUUUUGUUAACCGAAAUUGGUCCAGAAAUUUUUGAUUUAAUGCAACUUGUGAGUCCUCGAGGAUACAUCUUUUAUGUUGGAAAUGCAAAAAACAUAAAUUGGAAGUAUUUAAAAAAUAUGCUCAUUGAAGGGAAACACUUCCAAGUGAUCAAUUUAACAAACACAAUCAAAGAAGAUCGUGAAAAAAUAACCAAAUUGAAAUAUUUCUUGAAUGAAAAAAUCAAGAACGGAUUCCUUCGACCAUUGGAAAGGAAAUCGAACUAUUUCACAGUUCCUGGAUCCAUCAAAAGGAAUCUCAAAAUAAAUGAUGAAGCCACUGAUGUAAUCGUGGUAGGAAACGAAGAGACACACGAGGCAAUCCCCAAGUUCAUCUGCAACGAAGUUGACGUUUACAUCGUCUGUGGAGGCCUAGGUGGCAUGGGUUUUGAACUGACAGAUUGGCUGGUAGACCAAGGAGCCAAAAAACUAAUCCUGGUGUCCAGAACAGGCAAUUACAACAGCUACCAAUUGAGGAAAAUGUCUGCAUGGCAAUCUGACGGAAUAUUCAUAAAAAUAUCCACCGAUAACAUCGCUACCUCGCAAGGAGUUGAAAACUUGCUCAAAAGUGCCAAUCAAAUGGGAGUAGUUUCGGCCAUAUUCAAUACAACGCUGAUCCUUCAAGAUGGCUUAUUCGAGAACCUAACCGAAUCAGAUUUCCAAUCCGUAGCCAAUCCCAAAGCAAUAGCUACAAUUCAUUUGGAUAAAAUUUCCAGAAUAAUGUGCCCUCAGCUGAAACACUUCGUCGUAUUCAGUAGUAUAGCUUGUGGCUAUGGUAAUGCUGGUCAGACCAACUAUGGGUAUGCUAAUUCAGUCACUGAACGUGUCUGUGAAGUGAGAAGAUCCCAGGGAUUGCCAGCUUUGGCAGUCGAAUGGGCUGGAGUUGGAGAUGUAGGAUACUUGAGACACAGUUCGCCGGAUAAAAUACCUGGUGGAACACUCCUGCAACCAAUCAGAUCUUGUUUACAAACAUUGGAAUUUUAUUUAUGCAAUUCUCAACCUGUAGUGUCGAGUUUCAUUGUUUCGGGGAAGCAGGCUGGAACCAGCAUUAAAUCAAAAUAUGAUACGAUCUUUACCAAAAUACAAGCCAUUUUGGAUAAAGCUGAUUCAGAUGUUCCUGAAGAUAAAACACUAAAAGACUUGGGAUUGGAUUCGAUCACUGUAACAGAAACAAGACUCAUAUUAGAACAAAAGUUUAAUUUGAAGAUGAGUGCAGAAGAUAUACUAAAUUUAAAGCUGUAUGAAUUAUGGCAACUUGAAAAGCAACAAAAAACUUUCAAAAAUACACCAGCUGAACCUUCAAAAAGCACCUCAAUUCGAAAUAUAUCCAUUUUGGAGCAACUCUACACCAAUAUGCUGGAAGUUCUUCCAUUAGAAACAGAAAUCACUAAUAUUUCCCCUAUUGUACGACUGGAAUCCUACUUACAUGAAGGGAAAACACACUAUGUGGCAACUGACCAGGAACCAACCAUUUUCUUUUUUCCUGGAAUCGAAGGUAUGGCUGGAGCUAUGUUAUCUUUAUCUAGACAUGUGGAUUUGCAAGUGCUAUGUGCCCAGUAUGAUUUAGGUGCAUUUGAUGUCAAGGAAAUCGCUUCAAAGAUAUUACAAGAAAUAGAAAGUAAAUUAGGAUCUCAAAAAAUCUUCCACAUGGUCGGACACUCUUUUGGAGGAUUGAUUGCUAUGGAAAUAGUUCACUGUUUAGAACAAAAAGGAAAAACUGGUUAUUUAUACCUCAUCGACAGCUCACCGAAGAUUGUAAAAUACAUAGCAAGUUCCCUCUUUCAUAAUGAAGGAUUUUAUGAAAAUAUUCUGGGAUUUGUCAGAGCUUUAAAAACCAAUUCAGAUAUUCUAGAGUUUCAGAAAUCACUGACUAAUUAUAAAGAUUGGGAAUUUGCUUUAAAAUUUACGAUGCAAUCUUUGCCUGAUAAUUUACCCUUUAAAAAAGAAAUUCUAGAGAGUAUUUUGAAUACAUCGUAUCAGCGCAGUAGAACAAUUCACUCUUACGAUGGAAUCCCAGAGAAAUCUAUCAACUCUAAGGUUUUGUUUUUUAAACCAAAAGAAGAUAUUUUUUCAAUUUCUGGGCAUGAUUUAUCAAAGUAUUUCACACAACCCAUCGAAGAGUAUAAUAUCAAUGGGAACCAUUUCACGAUGCUGAAAACAACAGAGCUAGCUCACUACAUAAUGACUUUCUACAGACAGAAUACCAAUAAAGAUAUCAAAUAUGGUUGAACGUUUACAACCUUUCAACCCAUUAAAAAAUAUAGAUAACAUUUGUUGAUUGCCUCAUGUUCGUGAUAUUAUAAAUACCAACUGAAAACACAAUCAACGAUGACUAGUUUAGUCCAAAUUCUUCAACAUAUCCAUCCAUUUCAAUCCACUUUUAGUAUCUGCUGCAGGAGUAUACUCGGUACCAAUCCACCCAUCGUAAUUCAAUUGUUUAAGUAGCCCGAAAACAUAUUUAUAAUUAACUUCACCGACGGAAUCAGGUUCAUGUCUAUGAGGUGCUUGAGCAAUCUGAAUAUGACCGGUGUACGGGAGUAGAUUUUUAAUAUUAUUCGUUAAAUUACCAGUUAUCAUUUGUAAAUGAAAUAAAUCCAGCAUGAGUUUGAUGGACGGA